AUGCCAUCAACGUCGGGGUUUGACACAUCCUUUGAUGACACACUUGUGCUGUCGAAAGUAAGGAGUCCGGAAACUGGGUCGUGGAUAAACCGAAAUGAAAUCCGCGAGGUUCAACGAUACGAUGAUUUCAGAUCAAUUGAUUGGGUUGAAGACGAAUUAGAUGAACAAAAACAACGUCUUUUGAAGUUAAAGCAUAUCACCAAUAAAGGCAACAAUUUCAAGGAUAAAAUACUAUCCCAAAUAUCCAAUUGGCUUGUUCUAGCGUGCAUGGGAGUGGUGAUUGGUCUAAUUGCAGGGUCAUUGAAUAUCAUAACAUCAUUUCUCUCCAGUGCACGAGUAGGUUACUGCAAACGAGGUUUUUACUUGAGCGAAUCGUUUUGUUGCUGGGGUGAAAGUGAUGCGCAUUGUUCUAGCUGGACGAAAUGGACUUCACUAGGCGGACUCAAUUACAUAAUUUACAUUCUAAUAUCACUUCUCAUGUCGUAUACAGCAGCGAAAAUUGUCAAGCAUUAUGCACCAUUUGCAGCUGGCUCGGGUAUUUCAGAGAUCAAAUGCAUUGUCUCAGGGUUCGUGAUGGAUGGCUUUUUGGGAUGGUGGACUUUGGCUAUAAAAAGUUUGGGCCUUCCGUUGGCGAUUGGGUCUGGUUUGAGUGUUGGGAAAGAAGGGCCCAGUGUUCAUUAUGCCGUUUGCGUGGGUAAUUCAAUUGCGAAAUUAGUACCAAAGUACAAAAAGUCGGCAUCGAAGGGAAGGGAGUUUUUAACGGCGACAGCGGCUGCAGGAGUAGCCGUCGCGUUUGGUUCACCAAUGGGAGGGGUGCUUUUUUCAAUUGAGGAGAUUUCAUCAGUAUUUCAAUUGUCAACAUUGUGGAAAUCGUACUUUUGCUCACUUAUUGCGGUCACCACGCUAGCAGCCAUGAAUCCAUUCAGAACCGGGCAAUUGGUGUUAUUUGAGGUCACAUAUGAUACCAAUUGGCAUUACUUUGAGAUACCCAUUUACAUAGUUUUGGGAAUUUUUGGUGGUGUUUACGGAAUCCUUGUGUCAAAACUAAACACCAAAGUGGUAUCCUUUCGUAAGCGCUUUCUUUGGCCCUGGGCAAUUCGGGAGGUAUGCAUAUUGACUUUAUUAACUGCCAGCUUUUCAUACUUUAACGAAUUUCUAAGCUUGGACAUGACCGAGUCGAUGCAAAUUUUGUUUCACGAAUGUGAUGAUACAUUUCAAAACCCCAUUUGCCACCCUGAAAAUGGCAAGACACGGCUUUUUUUUUCAUUGUUGUUUGCAACAGUUGCGAGAAUGGGGCUUACGAUAAUUACAUAUGGUUGCAAAGUUCCCGCUGGCAUAUUUGUUCCUUCUAUGGCAGCAGGUGCAACAUUUGGACGAGCACUUGGAAUCAUAAUCGAUUACGCAUAUAAAAAGAAUCCAAAUCUAGCCAUUUUUUCAGCUUGUGAUGAGGGAGAUAAAUGCAUCAUACCAGGAACAUAUGCAUUUUUGGGUGCAGCUGCAGGGUUGUGUGGUAUUACCGACUUGACAGUUACUGUGGUAAUUAUCAUGUUUGAAUUGACUGGUGCAAUCCGUUACAUCCUUCCCACAAUGAUUGUUGUUGCCAUCACAAAGGGCAUCAAUGAUAGAUGGGGAAAGGGAGGAAUUGCUGAUCAAAUGAUUAAGUUCAAUGGAUUGCCUUUCAUGGAUUCAAAAGAGGAAUUCCAUUUUCACACAGCUGUGACAUCAGCAAUGUCUAGCGUCGUGGUGGCCUUUUCAGCCGAUCCAAGCGACGCUUUGACGUUGGAACAAUUGAAGCAAACGUUGAAGAAGACAAAGUAUCGGGGCUUCCCGAUUAUUCGUUCGGGGAACAAUCCCAAAAUCGAGGGCUAUAUUUCCAGAUAUGAGGUAGAGUAUGUGCUUAUUAAAAAUGAAAGUGUUAACCCAGGGACUCUAUGCAAUUUCAACUUGAGGGAGAGAGGCUCAACUGAAAAAAUUGAUUUCAGUUCAAUGAUAAAUCAAGCACCGUUGAGUGUUGAUUGUGAAACAUCCUUAAAGUUUGUUUCUGAUAUUUUUGUCAAACUUGGACCACGUUACUUAUUGAUUGAGCUGCUGGGAACCUUGAUUGGAGUAAUUACAAGAAAGGAUAUACUUCUAUACGAGCAUUCCAUUCAUCGAAAGGAAGUAGACAGAGGGCCUCAGGAGAGGCAAGAAGCGUUCGAGGAAAGAGUUUGGAACACCAUGAAAUCGAUUUCGCUAUCCACUCGUGAAUUUUUUGGGCGAACUUUACAUCGGGAUUCUUAUAGAUACACACCUGCAUUGUAA